UAAAAGGGUGCAAGACUGUUGAGAUGUUUAUUUGAGCCAAAACUUUUGCUAGAGAUACAUAACGGCGUUGCGCACUCUGGUGCCAAAGCUCCCUGCAAUCAGGACCAUGGAGAGCUCCAGACUGUGGACGCGGAUGCUUGUGUGCGCCGCGCUUCUUUUAUUGGUGACUGGUGCCAGAGCUAACGAGCCAGACCCGGAGAUCGAGGUGGACGUGGACACAAGAGCCAUCAGGGACUUUUACCCGAAAGACCCGAACCUAACAAGUGAAAAACAGCUUCUCGGGGCUCUGCAGGAAGUUCUGGAAAAGCUGCAGACGAAACGAAUUCCACCUUGGGAGAAGAAAUUUGGUCAAGUUCCCAUGUGUGAUUUGGGGGAGCAGUGCGCAAUCAGAAAAGGAUCUCGAAUCGGCAAGAUGUGCGACUGUCCGCGCGGAGCGUUCUGCAACUUUUUCUUGUUAAAGUGCUUGUGAUGGAAAUAUACAUUACGGUUUGGUUUGGGAUGGGAUAGAGGGAAUGGAUGUGCAUAAUAUAUCACAAAUAAUUGCAAUUUUAUUUAUAUUAAUAUUUUUUUAUGUCCGGGAAUACACUGAAGAAAAGUUGUAAAGCUCGUCAAACAAUUAUGUGAUGUAUAGCUAAAUGUGAUAUCAUAAUAUUUAAUGGUAAUCUGCUGUUUUGUGUAUUA